AUGUCAGUAAACCAAAAAUUUGUAGUAGAUGGCAUCGAUUUUUGCUCACAAACGCCAAAUAUCACUGACGGCCAAAAUAAACUUCAUAGAAUAACAAGCAAUUCAGACAAUUUGCACGGCUCCUUCGUAUCCGAUUGCCGUAGAUCAUCCCUUUCAGUGGACAUUGAUACCACCUCAUCAGAUACAGAAAAUGGAGACGAGAUUUGUUUGGAAAGUAGGCUCCAUGACGACGGAUAUUUCGAUGACAUUUUUCCGGUUGAAUUGGAAUUAGACAAAGUCUCUGACACGUCAUCAUACUAUUCCAGUUUGGAAUACCAGUUCCCUGAACAAUCAGAGUUGCACAAUUAUAAACUUCUCGAUAAAAUUGGUGAAGGAGCUUUUUCCCGAGUAUUCAAAGCAGUAGACAUCACCGGGGUUGACCAAACUCCUGUUGCUAUCAAAGUAAUCACGAAGGAAAAUAUUCUGAGCAAUGAAAUUUCAGAAGAUGACAAUCGAAUCAAAAGUUCCAGCAGAAAGCAGGUAAUGAACGAAUGUGCUAUUCACAGAAUGGUUUCGAAGGAUAAUCCAUACUGCACAAAGUUUAUUGGAUUCCAAGAAUCCGCCUCUUAUUACUAUUUAGUGUCAGAAUUGGUCACUGGCGGCGAAAUAUUUGACAAGAUUGUCCAACUAACAUAUUUCAGCGAAGACUUGGCUCGCCAUGUUGUUACACAAGUGGCAAUAGCUGUCAAACAUAUGCACCUUAUGGGUAUUGUCCAUCGCGAUAUUAAACCAGAAAACUUACUAUUCGAACCUAUUCCGUUUCAGGGCCACCAAGGGGACGCACAAAAAGAAGAUGAGUUUAAGCUAGGUGUCGGUGGGGGCGGUAUUGGACUGGUGAAGUUAAUGGAUUUCGGAUUGGCCAAGAGAAUUUAUGACAACACCGCAAAAACUCCAUGCGGGACGAUAGAAUACACCUCACCAGAAAUAUUCUGCUCAAAACCAUAUUCAAUGGAAGUCGAUAUGUGGGGUAUUGGUUGCGUACUAUUCACACUCUUAUGUGGAUACCCUCCAUUCUACGAGAAGAGCCAUACAAAAUUAGUGAAGAAAAUAUGUAAAGGAGACUAUGAAUUCUUGGCACCAUGGUGGGACGAUAUAAGCUCCGGAGCCAAGAACGCAAUUACCCAUCUUCUGGAAGUUGACCCAAGCAAGAGAUACGAUAUCAAUGACUUUCUAAAUGACCCUUGGUUAAACUCGUACGAUUGUUUGAAGCCCUCACAAUCAGAAACCUAUGUUACCGUUGACAGCAUUUUAAAUGGCUCAUUCGAUGAGGCAACAGAGAUCCUUCAUUCUGCAUUAAGCUAUCAAUCUCAAAAAAGAGAUGAUAUUGAUCACACCAGACAUGGAAACACAGAAUAUAUUUACAUGGCCGAAGAAGAGAGAGAAUUAAGGGGCAGUUGGAUUGGUGAACCCAAGGGUCAUUUAACUUUAGACAUUACAAGAUCUUCUGUGUACCGAAGAAGAAAAGAUAAAAUCCUCUUCUGGUAA